UCAGAAACUACCUUAUAAAUUUUUUUUUUGAGAACAUACCAUUUUAACAAAAUUUUUUGCCAGGACAUACCAGUCACCGGAUUUUCAAGUUUGACCUCAAAAACACGGCGUUGACCAGUCAUGUGCCGGGCACGUGACUUCAUUAAACCCAUUUCUUUUCUCUUUUCCUAUUCUUUUCCCUCAUCUUUCUCACGACUUACCCCUGACUAACUUUCUCUCUCCUCAAUUCAUCCCCUCCUGCAAUAACCCCAUCAUUCAACUGUAGCAAAGGAUGGCAAAAAUUAAAUUACUUUGAAGAAAAUUCUACUACACGCUAGGACUUCAACCACUAGAAUUAAGGUGGAGUUAUAAAAAGUGGAAAGCUAAAGCAAGCAAGGGAAGCAAGGGAGACCAAUUACUAUUUAGCACAAAGAAACAGGUACGAUUUCAUCCGCCAAAGACAAAACUUUUGCGAUUUAAUUAAUGGAAAUUGCGAAAUAAGAGGCAUGACCUAAUAUUAAUUUAAUCGUUAACCUUAAUCAGAUUAGAUUAAAAUAUUGUUGUUUUGGAUUUAAUAAGUAUUUAAUUAGUUAACUUGAUUGGGUUAUUUUGUUUCGGAUCUUAAAAUUUGAUUAGUUGCAUGUUGUGUACUCCAUAGUUAUUAUGCUCAUACUUGUGUUAUUUCCAGGUUUAUUGGUAGGAUAAACGUGAAUUAAUAUGGAUCCUGUCAAUAUUAGGUUGUAUUAUGGGGGAAGGUUUGUUACAAAGAAUAGAAUAACUACUUAUGAAAAGGGAGAAAGUAAUUAUGUUGGGCUGUCCUUGCAUCCAAAUGUAGAAGAGGUGUGUUACUUUGAAUUUGUGGAUUGGAUAAAGAGAGAGUUGGGGUAUGAGGAUGUGGGACAGAUUUGGUUUAGGAGAUAUGGGUGUAGUUUAUUUGCUGGUAGGAAGGAAAUUAAAAGUGAUGUAGACAUUCCUGAGUUUCUACAAUCAAAGGAGAAAGAUGGCUGGUACAAUAUGUAUGUGGUCCAUGAGCAAAUUAAAGAGAAAGAAAAGGAAUUUAGUGUGCAGAUUGGGAUGAGCAAUAAUAUUGACUCUGAAACUGAGGUAGAGAAAAGGAAGCUAGUGUCUUUUAUGUUGAGAGUGAGGAGGGAGGUCAAGGUGGAGGUGGGGUAUUAUAAGUGUUAUUAUGCUAGGCAAAAAGCUAUGAGGAUGAUAUAUGGAGAUGCUGCAAAUGAGUACAAUAAAGUCUGGGAUUAUGCAGAGGCUAUAAGGCAUUUUAAUCCUGGUAGUACAGCUAUAGUUAAGGUCACAGGCAUAAAGCAUCCACCUGUCCUAUUCCAAAGGAUGUACAUUUGCCUACAACCAUGCAAACAGGGUUUCAUGGCAGGUUGUAGGCCUAUACUUGGUGUAGAUGGGUGCCAUUUAAAGGGUCCAUAUCCAGGAAUAUUACUUACUGCAGUUGGGAAAGAUGGUAAUAAUAACAUCUUUCCAGUUGCUAAUGGCUUAACCGCAAUUAAAUAUAUAUGUAGUCUUUUGAGAAUGGAGGAAACCCCAGUUUAUCUUCAUGACAUACAAAAAUCGUUUAUCUAGUGGCAUUUACGCAAAUAAAUCAACAAAAUAUCCCUUCAACAUGACAUUUUCGUAGAUAAAUCAACAUUUGUGAGAUUAGUAUUUAGUAAAAGUUGUUGAAUGACUUAUUUGCACAAGGGUUUGUUCAUAUUUACUGAAUUGAGCUGAAUUGAACUGGAUUGAUUGAAUCUGAACUGAUUGAAUUUGAAUUGAACUGAACUGAAAUGAACUGAAUAAAACUGAAAUGAAUAUUUUAUGAGAGAUGGAAAUUAAGAGUUGAAUUGAACUGAUGUGAACUGAAAUUAACCUGAAGUGAACAUGGCCUAAAUGCUAAUCAUAAUGAUAAACUUGUAUUUUCUAUUGGGUUUAAGCUAUCAAGGUUUAUGUUUGACCAGUUUCCAAAAAAAAUGGUCUAUGUUUAAUCUAGCAUACAACCGAAAUUUCUACCUCAAAGGCGCGACAUUUGAAUUUUAUCUUUUGAUACUUUUAUAAUUUUCACUUUGAAAUAUAUCAUAAACACAAGAUUCAAAAUUUCAAUUUAAGAUCUGCAUUAAAGUUUAUACAUUAAUAUAAUAUAAUUAAUAGGUAUCUAAAUUGUUCAAAAUUCUGUAAUAUAAAGAAGUGCAUGCGAAGGAAACCUCCAAACGUCGUGGCCAGGCCAGCAUCACAUUAUUAAUUGCAUAUUUGCAUGCGUUGUUUAAUCCAAUUAGCAUUGAUUAUGAAGGUUAUAAAAAGGAAAAGAAUGAAGCAACAAAAAUGAAUUACUAAAAGACAUACAUUCAUGGUAAUUAACAUGAACACUUCAAGCUAUGUUAAGGUUUUACUUGUUUCAAUUGCCAUCGUAACAAUGAUGGCAAGUUUGGCUACUCGUGCAGCUGCGCAGGAAUUCCAUGUUUGCAACACCGAGGGUCAAAGCUGCUCUGAUCAAGAGCCUUGUUGCCCGGGUACUGCUUGCAGGGGAUUGUUCUUCUACACCUGCGACUACUGCCCGAGAGCUGAUCAACCUUGCGGUGCCCUGGCUUCGAUUGUGAAGGCGGUCCGUUCAACGGCAAAUGCGUGGCUAAAUAAUAGAGUAGACUCGCGAUUGCUUUAGCAACUCUACUUGUUUAAUUUGUUUCUUUGUAUGAAUACAUUUGUUGCUUCACAAUCUUACUAAACCUGGAAAAUCAAAUUGCUCUGAUUUUGUUAUUCUAUGUUGUGGUUGAUUUUUCUUUGUAUCGUAUUUUGUGCGUUGUUUAAUUUGAUUAAGGGCUUGUUUAGUUCACCUAAUUUUUACUUGUCUGAUAUGAGCAUAUUGUCGGAUUUGACCAAAAUUUGACCCAAAGUGUACGAUAGUUUAUAAAGAAAAAAAUUAUCAAGUGGCUUCUUGUUAGAUUCAUAAUAAUGUGUAUUUUAUUAAAAUAUAAUUUUCAUAAUUUUUAUCAUUACGAAAUUAAAAAUAUUUAGCGAUAAAAAAUUGUAAAUACACAAUGAUCUAAUAUUAACUUAUUUUUUUUGUGAUAUAAUCUUAACUGAACUUAUUUUUUCUAUUCCGAUCUGAUAUAAACUUAUUUUUUCUAAAAUAAGUAAAUAUUAGUUGAAUUAAACCAGAACUAAGUGUGCGCUAUGCGUCAUAUUAAUCUCUUUGUCUACAUAAAGAAUUACCGCAUCAAUUAUUAGAUUUUACUAUAGAAACUCUUCAACCAAUACUAUGGAUGUAAUAAUCCCUUAAUGAAUUUAGCUACAUCUACCAAAAACUGAAUCAAUAGGAGGAAGUAUAUUAUAAUAAGUAGCAACGAUACAACACUCCAUUAAGAUAAUUACAUAUUUGAUCUGAUUACAACACAUAAGAUUAUCAAAGGCCACUUUGUAGUAUACAAAGUAUUUGGCUUAUUGGAAAGUAAAAUAUUUCAUAACACAGCAUACAUAGUCCGUU